AUGGCACCCUGGAAGAGCUUCAUGACAGAUGACCACUCCCCCAUUGAGUAUAGCUGGAAAUGGAACUCUGGAAGCAAGAAGCCUGACAUCAGAUACGCCAUUGAGCUUGUCAGUCCCUUGGCGGGAAGCAAGCAAGAUCCGUUCAAUCAAAUCCCGACUCGCCAUUUAGUUUACAACCUCGCCAAAAUCAUUCCCGAACUCGAUCUAACCUGGUUCGAACAUUUCUGGCAUGAGUUGCUGGGUGCUGAGUCUCCCACCUCAUCCACUUCUGGAAUUUCGACAAAGGGUUCAACAAUAUUUGCAGCCUUGGAAAUGCUGCACGGUCACUUGUCGGUCAAAGUAUACUUUAUACCAGUUGAGACACAAGAUGUUAGCGCUUGGCACCAGAUAAAACAUGCGAUUGAGACAUCAGGAUGUCAAAAUCUCGAGACUUUGUAUCGCGUGGAUGCAUAUCUCUCCAGCCACGACGAUGGGAGACAACUCCGCCCGUUCAUGCUGGCAAUAGACCUUGUCGAGCCCGGUGCUUCACGGCUCAAGAUAUACGCAAGGUCCAACCAAACUUCGUUCCGCUUCGUCCGAGACGUUAUGACUGUUGGUGGACUUCGCACAGACUUGGAUAAGUCUUUAGAGAAGUUUUUCGAUUUGUGGAAACGUGCACUUGGCCUCAACUAUGACGCGUCACCUGGAGAUGAGCUACCUGAGGUGGAUCAUAUGACAUCCGGGGCAGUAUUUAACUUUGAUGUUGCACCAAAAUCUUCGAUUCCCGACGUCAAGGCAUAUAUACCAGUUCGACACUACGCUGAUAACGACCUUCAAGCUGCGCUGGGACUUAUCGGGUAUCUUGAAGAGUUUGGGAAUGAGUACGGGGUUUACUCGCAAUCGUAUCUUCGUGUAUUGGAUAUGUUGGCACCGGCAGGUCAGCUUGAUCAAGCCACUGGGGUCCAGACCUACUUCGCUGUCGCGUGUCAAGGUGAAAAUCUGUCCCUCACGUCAUACUUGAAUCCUCAAUUGUAUGCAGCGUUUCGAGAGUCCGAAUGUCCAUAG